GCCCGGCAGAGCGGCGGCCGGGCCGGGCCGGGCCGGGCCGUGCCGAGCCGAGCCGAGGGAGCCGCGCGGGGCCGGUGGCUCGGCCGUCGGGGCGGGGCCGGGCGGCGCUGACAGCUGCGCGGCGUAAACAAGCGGCCCCGCCGGCCGCCCGGCCGCCCCUGCCUGGGCCGGGCCCGGCUCCGGGGCGGGCGCUCCGGGCGCCCCGCGGCGUGACGCGGCGCCGCCGACAGACGGGCCCGGCUGCCGACGGGACGGAGCGCAGCGGGCAGGCCGCGCGAUCGUGCUUGUCUCCUGGAUGGUGUGUUCCUGCGCUUCUGUGGGCUUGGCCCCAUGUGGGCUUGGGCUGAGCUGGGACCAGUAGGACAGAGAGGCCAGUGUGCCUCGGAGUGCUGACGCUGGGAGGCUGCUGGACCUGCUCCUCCCAGGACCCUCCUGCUCCUGGGACCCUCCUGCUCCCCAGCUUGAGGAACCCCGAUACUCUGAUGGAUCUGAGGCCCUGCUCGCUGCUGUUGCUCUGGACUCUGGUGGUAGCCCUCACUCUCCUGGACCAGGAGGUGCUGGCCCAGCAUAUUUACACCAACACCUGGGCUGUGCUCGUCCCUGCAGGACCCCAGGAGGCUGACAGGCUAGCCAGGAAGCAUGGAUUCCUCAACCUAGGCCCGAUCUUUGGUGAUUAUUACCACUUUCGGCACCGCGGCGUGGUGAAGCGUUCCCUCUCGCCCCACCAGCCCUGGCACAGCCGCUUGGCCAGGGAGCCACAGGUGCAGUGGUUGGAGCAGCAAGUGGCAAAGCGCAGGACCAAGCGAGACGUUUUCAUGGAGCCCACGGACCCCAAGUUCCCGCAGCAGUGGUACCUGUACAACACAAACCAGCGGGACCUGAACGUGCGGCAGGCCUGGGAGCAGGGAUACACAGGCAAGGGCAUAGUGGUGUCCAUCCUGGAUGACGGCAUUGAGAAGAACCACCCUGACCUGGAGGCCAACUAUGACCCAGGGGCAAGUUUUGAUGUCAAUGACCAGGACCCAGACCCGCAGCCCCGCUACACGCAGAUGAAUGACAACAGACAUGGCACGCGCUGUGCUGGGGAAGUGGCUGCUGUGGCAAACAACGGCAUUUGUGGUGUUGGCGUGGCAUACAAUGCCAGGAUUGGAGGUGUGCGCAUGCUGGAUGGGGAGGUGACUGAUGCUGUGGAGGCCCAUUCCCUGGGUCUCAAUCCCAACCACAUCCACAUCUACAGUGCCAGCUGGGGCCCUGAGGACGACGGCAAGACUGUGGAUGGCCCAGCCCGGCUGGCAGAGGAGGCGUUCUUCCGUGGGGUCAGCCAGGGCCGAGGCGGGCUGGGCUCCAUCUUCGUCUGGGCAUCUGGGAAUGGGGGCCGUGAGCAUGACAGCUGCAACUGUGACGGUUACACCAACAGCAUCUACACGCUGUCCAUCAGCAGCACCACACAGUACGGCAAUGUGCCCUGGUACAGCGAGGCCUGCUCCUCCACCCUAGCCACCACCUACAGCAGUGGCAACCAGAAUGAGAAGCAGAUUGUGACGACUGACCUCAGACAGAAGUGCACUGAGUUGCACACCGGGACGUCGGCCUCAGCACCCCUGGCCGCUGGCAUCAUCGCCCUCGCCCUGGAAGCCAACAAGAACCUGACCUGGCGGGACAUGCAGCACCUGGUGGUGCAGACCUCGAAGCCAGCUCACCUGAAUGCCAAUGACUGGGUCACCAAUGGCGUUGGCCGCAAAGUCAGCCACUCGUAUGGCUAUGGCCUGCUGGAUGCCGGGGCCAUGGUGAGCCUGGCCAAGAACUGGACUACGGUGGGACCUCAGAGGAAGUGUGUCAUUGACAUCCUUGCAGAGCCCAGGGACAUUGGGAAGCGUCUGGAGGUACGGCGGAAAGUGGAUGCCUGCCUGGGGAAAGCCAACUACAUCAGCCGGCUGGAGCACGCGCAGGCCAGGCUGACGCUGUCCUACAACCGGCGGGGGGACCUGGCCAUCCACCUGGUCAGCCCCAUGGGCACCCGCUCCACCCUCCUGGCUGCCAGGCCCCACGACUUCUCGGCUGAUGGCUUCAAUGACUGGGCUUUCAUGACAACGCACUCGUGGGAUGAGGACCCCUCUGGGGAGUGGGUGCUGGAGAUUGAGAACACCAGUGAUGCCAAGAACUAUGGCACGCUUACCAAGUUCACGCUUGUGCUGUAUGGGACGGCCACUGACUCCCCCAGCCUCUCCAACCAGCUGGAGAGCAGUGGCUGCAAGACCCUGACCCCCAGCCAGACCUGUGUGGUCUGUGAGGAGGGGUACUACCUGCACCAGAAGAGCUGCCUGAAGCACUGCCCUCCUGGCUUCGCACCCGGUGUCCAGAGCACGCACUACGACCUGGAGAACAGCGUGGAGCCCAUUGCACCCCACCUCUGCCUGCCCUGCCACCCCUCCUGUGCCACCUGUGUGGGACCUGGCCCCAACCAGUGCCUCACCUGUCCUGCACAUUCCCACUUCAGCAGCCUGGACCUCUCCUGCUCCCACCAGACACAGAGCAGCCGUGCGUCUCCUGCCCUGGCAGAUGGCGAAGGACCAGCUGAGGCCCCCCCUCUGGUCAACUUGCCUGUCCUCAUUGCCAGCCUCAGCUGCAUCCUCAUCGUCAUCAUCUUUGUCACCGUCUUCUUGGUGCUGCAAGCACGCUCAGGCUUUAGCCUGCGGGGUGUGAAGGUGUAUGCCCUGGACAGCGGGAUCAUCUCCUACAAGGGGCUCCCCUCUGACAUCUGGCAGGAGGAGGGUCCCUCUGAGUCGGACGGUGAGGAUUAUGAGGCCCACAGCGAGAGGACUGCCUUCAUCAGAGACCAAAGUGCCCUUUGAUGAGCCCUCCUGCCCCUCCCUCCUCCCUGCCCAGCACCGUGGGCCUGGGGCAGGUGAGGCUGAGGGGCCCUGGACUCUGCCCCUGUCCCCUUCCUGCACUGCAGCAGCCUGGGGCUCCCACCCACUGGCACCAUCCCUCGGCCCUAGUCUGGGUGGCCAGGCAUGGUCCUGCAGGCACCAUCCCCAGCACAGCACCGUCCCAGUCUUGCACCAUCCCUCCUGGCCCUGUGUCCAUCCUGUGCCCUAUGCCGGGGUGUUUGGUGGCAGUGGGGCCCAACACUUCCUGGCCCUGCACUGUCAGCAGUGUCUCCCAUGCUGGGUACAGGGCUGCUGCUUGGGGUCUUGUGAAUUCUCCAGGGUGGGCAGUGUGUGAAAUCCCUGGGUUGCCAUGGCUCAAGGUGGGCUGGCUGGUGCAGGGGUGACUCUGCCCCCAGAGCUGAGCCCAGCCUGUGUCACAGCAUUCCCCUGCCCCUCCCACCCUCGGCCCGUGCAGAGCUGCAUCCCAGGCUCAGUUCAUUGUGUCCCAGCUCCCUGCCACCUUCCCUGGGCCUGUCUGCUUCCACCCGAGCCCUUCGACAGCAAUAAUGGCCAGGCCUCAGCUGCUGCUGUCCACUGCCUGCCCAUCCCACCGCCGCUGCCUGCAGCGGGUAGGAGCCCUGGCACCGGGGAGCUUCAGGCUGGGCACCGCCUGACCCUGUGCCCAUGGCACAGCCCAUGGCACAGCCCACAGCCUGGGCAGGGACCCCUCGCACAGUCCCUGCUUUGGGAGGCUGCCUUGGGCCCCUUGUGUUCUGCCCCUGGGGAGGGCUGUAGGUGCUGCUGGCUGGGACUGUCAGGUAGCGCCAGUGCCAGCACUGCCCCAGCUCUGCCUGCGUCCUGCCUGUGCUGGGCAGUGCCCAGCAUUCCUGCAGCCCUAGCCCCCCAACGUGCCUUGCUCCCACUUGGUGACAAUCUGUUCUGCUCCCCGCUGGAGCCCUUCCCCUUGCUGCCCCUUCCCUGGUGGGCUGGGGGCCAGUGCCACGAGCCCCUUUGCCGUCCGCCGCCGCACACCGGGGCCAUAGUGUAGGCUCCCACCUGCGCCAGCCGUGGAUGGAGCCACUGGCCAGGGGCCACAGGACUAUUUUUCUAUAACAACUUUUUGGUGCACAGUAAUUUUUUCUUGUAAUUUAAUCAGCCGGGAGCUGCCUCCUGAGCCUGUUUUUAAUUUAAUGGAUGUGGAUAUAACGCUAGAGAGACUGAGUUAUUAAAUGUUCAGAACUAUGCAAA